AUGAGUGAUGAACUACAAAUAUUCCAAUAUACAUUUAAUGAAGAUAAUGAGACAAGACAACCAAAAAGGAGGUUGCCAAACAUGUUCAUUUCCUAUCGCAAAGAAAUGAUGAAGCAUAAGCCUCCUAAGAUGCCAAUGGGCGAAUACAGCAGAUUGGUAUCCAAAUGGUGGAAGCAACUAUCGGAAUCUGAUAAAUCGAAAUGGCAAAAACGUUAUCACAUCAACAGAGAUCAAAACCUCCUCAUUUCGGCUACAAAUGAUGAGCCCAUAUCAAAACGUUUGAAAAUCGAUUGCUUUUUGUCGGAAAAUCCUGCAAAGGAAGUUUUAGAUAGCAUUGACGAUUUCUAA